AUGAGGGCUAUUGUGGAGAAUGUAGAUGGCGCUGCUGCUGAAGAUGCUUCGGAUGAGGGUGACAAUGCAGCUGCAGAUGAAACUGCAUCAUUCAUUGCAACUUUAUUGCAGUUGUACAGAGAUGCUUUAGCAAAUAAUGACGAUUCAAAAGUUGCAGAGAUAGAAAUUUCCCUCAAGUCCAUAGAAGAAGAGAAAAUUGAACUUCAGAGAAAAGUAGCCUCAUUGACCGAAGAACUGUCAAGUGAGAGGGACCGGGUUCUUAGAAUCAGCGCUGACUUCGACAAUUUCCGUAAGAGAACAGAGAGAGAAAGACUUUCUCUUGUGAAGAAUGCACAAGGGGAAGUUGUCGAGAAACUUCUAUCUAUUCUGGACAAUUUUGAGAGGGCGAAAAUGCAAAUCAAGGUGGCAACAGAGGGAGAAGAGAAAAUUAAUAAUAGUUAUCAGAGCAUUUCUAAAAAAUUUGGGGAAAUCCUUGGAUCUCUUGGUGUUGAGACUGUGGUGACAGUUGGGAAGCCAUUCGACCCAUUGGCAAGUGGUAUAGAGAAGGAUCCGGUACCAGGGAAGAGUCGUAUAUGGCAAGAAAUGGCCGAAGAACUUACUUCCGAACGGAAUCAACUUUUGGGGGAACGAGACCAAAUUGUUCUCCGCCCCUCGGAACUGGAAAGCAAAGCUACUGAGGCCGUUGUUUUGGAGGCUUGCUUACAGCAAAGCGAGCAAGAAGUGGACGUCGUUCUUGCUGCAACCAAGCGCGAGGCUGCUACUGCCGAAAAAGUAACUAACUUAGAAGCAGCCUUGAACUCCAAAAUCGAAGAGCUUGCUGCUGUGGGGGAGAAACACGCCCAGCUAGAAGAGAAGUACAAGAAAACUAUCAAGCAUAAUAGGCUCUUUAGUUCAACUGUCCGCGACCUUGACGUCAACCUCAAAUCUGCUAGUUCAGAAUUAACGAAAACUGAAAAGGGAUCGGAAGGUGACGAUACUGAAGACCAAACCGGGGAGGCGCUAAAGUUUGAAUGCGAACACUUCUCUUCCUCCUGGUUCCGGAGGCGCUGA